AUGGCAACUGUCGGUGGUAGUGAUGACAAUGAAUGGCAAAAAUUGUCACCAGAUCAAAAAGUUCAACAUAAAGCAUGGAAAGCUCGUAUGACUGGUUAUGAAGAAUGUGUUAAGCUAUUUCGUACACAAAAUUCAGAUCAAAGUCCUGAAUUUAAUAAAUAUGUUAAUCUUAUGAAAAAAUUUGUUAUUGAUUCAAAUGAAAAUGCACGUGAAAAAGCACUCGAUGCUGUAUUUGCUUUUGUUGAAGAAGCAAAUAUAGCUGGAAGAACUGUUAAUGAUGUUGCAUCUGGUUUAAUAACAAAAUGUUUAAAUUCACGUUUAAAAAUGAAAGAACGUGCAUAUGAAAUAUUAUUAAUGUAUAUUGAAAUAGAAAAACAAAUUGAAAUUGAAGAUGAACUUGUUAAAGGUCUUGAAAAUAAACAACCUAAAAUUGUUCAAGCUUGUCUUGAAAUACUUCGAAAAGGUUUAUCUGAAUUCGGUUCAAAAAUUCUUCCAAUAAAACCAUUUCUUAAACAAGUUAUACCUUUACUUGAUGAUCGAGAUAAAACUGUACGUGAUGAAUCAAAAUUAUUAAUUGUUGAAAUUUAUAAAUGGAUUGGAAAACAAACAUUAAUGCCAAUGAUACAAAAUGUUAAACCUAUACAAAUGCAAGAAUUACAAACUGAAUUUGAUAAAUUAGAUUUAAAUGGUAUUGAUAAACCUCGACAAACACGUUUUCUUCGUUCACAACAAGAUCUUAAACAAAAAAUGGAAGAAACAGUAGUAACUUCAUCGGUUGCUAUUGAAGAUACUAAUGUUGAAAUGCAAGAAGAUUUAGAUCCAUUUGAAAUGAUGGAAGCAGUAAAUAUUCUUGAACGAUUAUCGAAAGAUUUCUUUGAAAAGAUUGAAUCUAAACAAUGGAAAGAUCGAAAAGAAGUUCUAGAUGAUCUAUUAACAUUACUUACUCAAAAUCCUAAACCAACAUCAGAUAGUGAUUAUUCCGAACUCGUUAAAGUAUUAAAAAAAAUUGUUGCUAAAGAUAGUAAUAUACCUGUCGUUCUUGUUGCUGCAAAAUGUUUGACAGCAUUAGCUAAAGGUUUAAGAAAAACAUUUAAAAACUAUGCUGCUGGUAUUAUUGAAGUUUGUCUUGAUCGAUGUCGAGAAAAAAAAACUAAUGUAAUUGAAGUAUUACGUGAAGCAUGUGAAGCUGCUUAUCUGGCAACUACUCUUGAACAAUUUUCUGAAGUAGCUGUAAUUUUACUCGCUCAUAAAACACCAAUUGUUCGACAAUGUACACAACAAUUUCUUACAAAAUGUUUUUCUAUGGCAACACAAAUAACAUUACCAAAGAAAACAUUGAAAAUAUAUUUAUUACCAUUAAUUAAAAAUACAGGAGAAGCUGAUUCAACUGUACGUGAUAGUGCUUUUGAAAGUCUUGGUAUGUUAUGGAAAUGUCUUGGUGAAAAACAUAUUCUUCCGAAUUUAACUGAUAUGGAUGAACUUAAAUUAAAUAAAAUUAAAGAAUAUGCAGAAAAAUCAGUUCUACUUAAUCUUCGAGGCGAACCACGUUCAACUGCUCCGAUAAUUAUGGCUCAUACAACUACUACUUCACCUAUUAGUUCAAUAACAAACAAAUCAAAUAGUAAAUUAGAUGAAGAAUCAAAACAUUCAAAACCGCCAAUUAUAGUCAAGAAAAAGCCAAUUGUAAUAGCUAAACCUCCUCCUCCUCCUGUGUCGACUAAUGAAACUUCAGAAGAAAAGAAAAAAGAAUCGCGACCACUAAAAGCUCCUGCCGCACCAAUUUCUAAUGUUGUACCUCGUAUUUCAUCUUGUCGAAAUAAACAAACAGUUAUAAAUACAUCUUCAUCAAAUGUUAAAACAAACAUAUCAAAACCUCGACCAGUUACUGCUCUACCAUCAAAAUCAACAACAAUUAAUACACAAUCACGUACUCAACGUUUAACACCAGUUGUUCAAACUUCAACAACAAAAAUUCGUUCUAAACCACCUAUAUCAACAAAUCGACGUUCAUCAUUUGGUUCAACAAUUUCAUCUUCAACAUCAAAUUUACAACGACAAUCAUCAUCAACUGGUGGUUCAACAUCAUCAUUAAGUAGUACAAAUACUCAAGCAUCAAUACCAUGUACAAAUUCACAAACUCCAACGCCAUCAACAAUAACAAUACUUCGAUCAGUUUCAAAUGAUAUUAUUUCAUCACCAAAUUCAUCAAAUAUAAAUACAAAAAGUCGUAUACCUAUACGAACAAUGCCAAUAAAUAUUGUUAAAAAAUCAUUAACAUAA